AUGUCUCGGCACACCAAUAAUAACGACCCUCAGAACAUGGCGACAUUAGCAGCGGAAUUGGAGGCGCGAAACCAAUUUCGCGGUGCAGGACCACAAGACACGGACGAACAAAUUCAUGCACUGUCAACGUUUGAGAUUCCCACCCUGCUGCAGUUUGUGAAGGCUGCACAGACGGGCCAUUUCCCGGGAAAUAGGGAUGUUGACCUCCCUCUCUGGCCUAAAGAGGAAAUGAGGAAUUUCUCGAGGAAAUAUGCGGAAUGGGCGCCUCCACCGUACUCCGAAUUGCCUCAACCUGCGGGGCCCUUUGGACUUGGCCCCAUACCAGGAGUUUCGCCUCCAGCAAUAAUCCGUGUCAUGCACGUUAUGAGCGGAAUGGCAGACCUGUUUACGAUGGCCGCCUCGAAAGACUUAGGGCGUAGCCAGAAACUCUUAAAGACUAAAAUCUGGUUUGGAUUGCCGCCCCUUAGUGAGGCCCAUUGGGCUACUCGAAGACUUGAUGACGAAAGCAACAUUGAAGAAACCCUGGCCAUUCUGCAGUCAGUGGUCGAUGUCUUCGAUCACCUCCGCCAACCCCAAAUCCAAGGCGAGCUCCGCGACAAGCACAACAAGAUCUUCGUCGAAAUGGAUACCUUCCAAGAUGCCUGUAAUGCUCUGCGCUCGUCACGAGGAGAGCCAGUCCCGAGUUGGAGUCUGGGCAAACUAUGGCUACAAUACGUGCGAUGCCACUUUGACUUCAUAGAAUCACAAGCACGGGCAUGGAUGUUCAAGCAUCUCCCUGUUCUCCAUGAUUUCUGGAAAGCCCGGUUCAUGGCAGCCUUCACCAACGGCCGCGUGAUUAGCUCCACCCAUGGCACUGUCCGAGUUGAUCACUUUGCCCUUUUCAUACUCAACAAAAUUCAAGAUCUGUAUCUCAACAUUGAUAUAAUAAUGCGCUGUCGCCCGGACGGCUUUAUCAUCCCCGGGGGCGUAGCCGGCAGUGAUCCAAGGCUCUGCCAGAUCGAUGCCCCAUCAAAUGUGCUCAAUGAGUUCUACCGGCAGACUGAAAGUAAAAGAAUGAGAGAUAUGAAGUUCGCUUUCGCCGCCGCACUGGAUGAAUAUGCGCAGGCGAGAGCGGCUCUAUCCGCGAAUGAGCCCCCUUAUCCAGAAUUUAUGCAGCCGAUUAUAAGGACGAUUAAUCGAGAGUUCAUGCACAAGGAACAGCAGCCGCAUAUUGAGAACCCGCCACCUUUUGGUAUGGAGUCUUGGGUGAGAGAUUUGGGGCAGAAGGAUAUUGAACAGUUUGGUUUCGUUAUUUAUAGGCUCUCAUACAAGGAGACAGAUGAGGAGUGGGAGGCGUUGCGGACGCAGCUUGAGAAGGCAAUUGACGAUGGCUGGGAAGGCGUCGUUGGGGCCGAGAAGAUCAAACAUAAGGCUGUUCUUCAUUGGAUUGACGGUCGUGACGAGAACGUUAAAAUCCCAGAAGGGGACUUACAAGCAGCCCGGAGAAAUUUCAAAACCUUAUCUGAAUCACCAAGCCCUCCACCAACAGGCGUAGCAACCACCCUUUGCCUAGCCGUCACCUCCUUAUCGCUCUCUUCCCUCAAGGAACCUCAAAAGCCAAACCCAAGUGCAACAACAAACACCGCAUCCACUCUCGCCUCCCAUCCUGGAAAUUUUGGGCCAUUCCUCCACGCCAUUGAUACCUCAUUCUCUGAAUCUACGUCAGCAGAAUCCUCGUCCUCAACAUCCGGAGACCCCGACCCCAGGACAACAGCCCGUCAAAAUAGCCAAGAGCAUCCCCCCGGGUACGAUGGGACUCUCAAAAUCGCUAGCCACCUCCUAUACAAUGAUCUUUAUGCCCUAUACAUUGGAAUAGGGGGCGCAGUUACCAUCGAGAACAUGUGGUCCCUGUCUGUGAAACAUCCGUGGGGUAUUUAUGUUGGACCUAGUACCGGGGUGCUGCGUAGGAACUGGAGGAAUAUGAUUGGGUUGGGGGGCAUAGCAGUGAGCAAUGCUGGGAGGAUUGGUGCGUUAGGGGUAAUGUAA